AAUCUCCCUCCCCCACAGCAAUUAGGGUUUUGCAGAUUUGACAUCCUCACCCCAAAUUCUCAUUCAAUCAUCGACAAAGUUCUCAUCUUUUUCCCACCAUCAGAUGCCGACUUACAGUAUCAGAGGCGUCGAUGUCGAUUUCCCAUUCGAGGCCUACGAUUGCCAGCUCGUUUACAUGGAGAAAGUCAUUCAGUCUCUUCAGCAAAGAUCUAAUGCACUGCUGGAGAGUCCGACUGGAACUGGGAAAACCCUUUGUCUUCUCUGUGCCACAUUGGCUUGGAGGAAGAGCUUGGGGGUUUUCUCAACUGGUCCUAAUGUUAAGACGAGUCUGAUUAAUGGUGAUAAAUCAGGUGGUUCGAUGUCCCAGUCUCAGUCACAGGGCAAUGAUCAUCCUACCAUAAUUUAUGCGUCCCGCACUCACAGCCAGAUCCGGCAAGUAAUUCAAGAGUUGCAGCGAAGCUCAUACAGGCCAAAAAUGGUAGUAUUGGGGUCUCGAGAGCAAUUAUGCAUUCAUGAAGACGUGAGUUUACUUCAUGGGAAAGCGCAGACGAAUGCCUGCCAUUUCCUCUGCAGAAAGCGUACAAAGCGCUAUUGUAAACAUUACUCUCGUACUACUGAUUACUUGAAGAAUAAUUCUCAUCUUGGAGAUGAACCUAUUGACAUUGAGGAUUUGGUCAAUAUUGGAAAAAAAUCUGGGCCGUGCCCUUAUUACUUGUCCAGGGAUCUUCAUAAGGUUGUCGAUAUAUUAUUUGCGCCCUACAACUAUCUUAUUGACCGUGGGUUUCGAAAAUCACUACAAAUUAAUUGGAGAAACAGUAUUCUCAUUUUUGAUGAAGCUCACAACCUGGAAAGUAUAUGUGCGGAUGCAGCUUCUUUCGACUUGCCAUCUUGGCUUCUUACAGCAUGCAUCUCUGAAGCAAAAAAUUGUAUCGAUCUUUCUGUACAAAGAAGGGAUGAAUCAAUUGAUAAAUCAAAGAAUCCAGAUAACUUUGCAAUUCUUAGAGCGCUUCUCUUGAAGCUUGAGAAGCGGAUUUCUGAAGUACCUAUUCAGUCCAAGGAAUUGGGAUACACUAAGCCUGGAUCAUAUAUUUAUGAACUCCUUGCUGAUUUAAACAUCACAACGGAUACUGUCCCUAUGAUCAUUAAUAUAAUUGAGGAAGCUACACUACUUAUCGAGGAAGAUAACCAGCAGAAUUCUAAACGCAAUGUCUGCCGACUAGAAAGCAUUAGUGACAUCCUGAAUACAAUUUUCAGAGAUAUAAGCAAUGCAAAUUCGUAUCGCGUUCACGUACAGGAAGUUCAAGGAAGUGCAACAGAUGAUUUAAAGGGGAAGCCAUCUAGGACACUCAGCUGGUGGUGCUUUCAUCCUGGAAUUGCAAUGGAGGAAUUCUCCAAGAUGGAUGUAGGCUCUAUUAUAUUGACAUCUGGCACACUAUCUCCUCUAGACUCAUUUGCACAGGAGUUGAAACUCGAGUUUCCUGUGCGGCUGGAAAAUCCUCAUGUUAUUACCCCGAGUCAGAUAUGGGCUGGAGUUGUUCCAGCUGGCCCUUCUGGUUGCUCUUUCAACUCCUCUUAUAAAAGUCGCGACUCAAUUGAGUAUAAACAGGAACUUGGAAAUGCUAUUGUCAAUUUUGCUCGAAUUGUACCUGAUGGAGUUCUUGUAUUCUUUCCUUCUUACUACCUUUUGGAUCAAUGCAUUGGGUGCUGGAAGAAUAUGAGCCAGGCUAAUUCAACUACAAUAUGGGAAAGAAUAUGCAAAAACAAGAAACCUGUUGUAGAACCUAGACAAUCUUCAUUAUUUCUCUCAUCAAUUGAGGACUAUAUGGCUAAGCUAAAGGACACCUCAGCUUCUGGUGCAAUAUUUUUUGCCGUUUGCCGUGGUAAGGUAAGUGAAGGAUUAGAUUUUGCCGAUCACGCUGGAAGAGCUGUAAUUGUUACUGGUAUGCCGUUUGCCACAUGGAAUGAUCCUAAGGUUCGUCUAAAACGUCAGUACUUAGAUGAACAGGCACAUUCUCAGCGGCAAGUAUGUAAGGUUCUGACUGGAGAUGACUGGUACAAUCAACAAGCAUCACGAGCUGUGAAUCAGGCUGUUGGUCGUGUAAUCCGUCAUCGUCAUGAUUAUGGAGCAAUUAUUUUUCUUGAUGAAAGGUUUGCACAGCCAAAUCGUCAAUCUCAAAUAUCUCUUUGGAUAAGGCCUCAUAUCAAGUGUUACUCCAAAUUUGGGGAUGUGGUUUAUACACUGACCCGUUUCUUCCGGGAUGGAGAAGCUCGGGGUCCUACAAAGCUGAAUUUAUUAAUAACUAAAAAACAGGGAAAGAUAUAUGAGUCGGAAAUUCAGCAACCUUCAGACAAUUUUUAUACAGAUAAAUGCGUCCCUGGGAAUACACAAGUGUUUCAAGACUGUCCUGUAAAGUUAACUCCCCUUCCUGAAGCUAGAAGGAAGAAGGUGUCAAGCCUGGUGGGUGAAAUUGUCCCUGCUAAUCGCUCAUCUGUUACUUGCUGCAAGGAUCAGUCUGUGUCAUGGAAGUGUUCAAAUACUCUAUUAGGAAAUGAGAACAAGCUUCUUACUCUUAAGAGGAGGAGUAUGCAGUAUGAAGAUGGAAACAUAAUUGAUCUUACUGGCGGAUCAAUGUUUGAAGAAAAGUGUAGGGAAGAAGCCAUAACACCAUGUUCUGUGAAAAGGUGUAAAGUAAGCCCAGAGCAAGAUGCAGUGCAACAUAUUAACAAUCAGGCUUUUGAAUCACAUGACCUUUCUAUUAUUAGUUCAAUUAGAACUGAGAGCUCACAUAUAUCCAAGUCAUCUGAUAGAGAAAGUACACAAAUUGCUCAAGCUGGAUCAAAACUAGCGCAUAAAGACAAUGAUGUGACAUCCACUGCUGGGCCUUCUGGUGAUAAGGAAAUGACGGGAUCUCAAUUUCUUGUUCAGGUCAAAGAGAAACUUAGCACUAUGGAGUAUAAAGAAUUUGUCAACCUGAUGAAGGCACUGAAGUCCAAAGCAAUGAACAUAAGUGAAGUUUUACAAUCAAUUGUGAGAUUGUUUUCUGGACCAGAGAGGCUUUCCCUUCUUAAAAGAUUCAAAUAUUUUAUCCCUGCAAAGUAUCAGUCCAUGUACGAGCACUAUUUUCAAACCAAUGGAGUCUUCUCAAAGCAUAACAGCAAGGCUGGUUUUUCUUGAGGUGCUCCCUGAUAUAGAAUGCGAUCUUUAAACAAGGCAAAAAGCUUAUUGUUGUGAAGAGUUGUAACUCUAGUGAUCGAUAACAAUUACACUUGCAUCAAAAGCUAGAGUUUCAAUUUGGCUUCGCAUUCCCUGACUUUGUAAGUUUUGAACAAAAUCAAAUAGAAGCAAUCUUUAA